AAUGUGAAAUACUUACAUAGGAAAGUACCAGAACUUGUUGAGGCUAAGUCCGUGUUGCGAGAUCAUAUACCUGUCAUAAGAAGGUUUACUGGGGGAGGAACUGUAAUUGUUGAUCAAGGAACUAUAUUUGUUACUCUGAUAUGCAACAAAGACGAUGUUUCGGAUGUGCAACCCUUUCCUCGCCCCAUCAUGUCGUGGAGUGGUCAACUUUACGAUGAAGUUUUCAAAGGGUUCGCUGAUUUUCAUCUUCGUGAGAAUGAUUAUGUAUUUGGUGAUCGCAAAUUUGGUGGUAAUGCUCAAUCCAUAACCAAACAUCGGUGGGUACACCAUACAUCUUUUUUAUGGAAUUAUGAAGUCAAGAACAUGUCUUAUCUCAAGUUGCCAGCAAAGGCUCCAAAAUAUCGAUUAACUAGAGAUCACACAGAUUUUGUUUGUAGUAUGAAGGAGUAUUUGCCAAGAUCAGAAUUUGUAGAGAGAACUAUCAAGGCAAUAGGAGCCCAGUUUUCUGUGAAAUCCAUUAACUUGGAGUCCACGGAAAUUCCUUCUUCCUCUGAAUUUGUUCAUACCACUAGGCUUCUUACAGAGCAGGAACUUCUUGAUGCUUGCACAAUUCAAACUUGAAAAUGAAGUUACAAAUUGCUAGUAUGGAUCUUGCUUUUCCCAAGUCGAGUGAUGAUAAAAUUUGAGUGUUACUUUCUGAUAUUGUUGUCUAUUUAUUUUCAUUUUUUCUUUUGUCCUUUAUUCUAUUAGAUUUUAUUAUUAUUAUUCUGCAAGAUUCUAUUGAAAUAUUGAUAUACAUUACUUGCUUUC